UACCAUCAUCCAGUGGUCCAUUGGCUGUACACAAUGCCAUUUCUGUUCUACGUUCUUCCGUCGUUUCAUUGAACGCUACAAAUCCGUGUGAGUAAUGCGAUACACGACGAAUCCUUCUUACAUUUCCGAUCGAUAAAAGCAAGACCAAAAGGAAGAUCGUGCGAGUUGGCGUUUAGAUUAUGACAUCUACCUAGAGCCACAAGAUUUCGCCCUACGAGAUACGCGCACCGACACUUUUUGGAAGCCUGAUUAACGAGGAGUCAAUAACAAUAUAUAAAUAAAUAUACACAACCGAAUUAUAAUGAUAGUCAGAUUAAUUACCGUGAUCCUCACAGCGAGGAUUUGCUAUGGAAAUCCCGAUGCUAAACGACUUUACGAUGACCUACUCUCGAAUUACAAUCGUCUUAUUCGACCCGUUUUGAACAACACAGAUACGGUCGUUGUUAAGCUAGGUCUUCGUCUCUCGCAGCUCAUUGACCUGAAUUUAAAGGAUCAAAUCUUAACAACAAACGUUUGGUUAGAACAUGAAUGGCAGGAUCACAAGUUUCAAUGGGAUCCAUCGGAAUAUGGAGGUGUGACGGAACUCUAUGUACCGAGCGAACAUAUAUGGUUACCCGAUAUCGUACUUUACAACAACGCCGAUGGAGAAUAUGGCGUAACCACCAUGACAAAAGCUAUUUUACAUUUCACGGGUAAAGUUCUUUGGACACCACCAGCUAUUUUUAAAUCAUCCUGCGAAAUCGACGUCAGAUAUUUUCCAUUCGAUCAGCAAACUUGUUUCAUGAAGUUUGGUUCGUGGACGUACGAUGGCUUCCAGAUCGAUUUGAAACACAUUAAUCAAAAAUUAGGAGACAAAGUAGAAGUUGGUAUCGAUCUACGUGAAUAUUAUCCAAGUGUCGAAUGGGACAUUUUAGGUGUACCAGCGGAACGUCACAAGAAGUAUUAUCCCUGUUGUCACGAACCUUAUCCCGACAUAUUCUUCAAUAUCACGUUACGUCGUAAAACUCUCUUCUAUACGGUGAACCUAAUCGUACCGUGCGUGAGCAUCUCUUAUCUUUCGGUAUUGGCUUUCUAUCUACCUGCUGAUUCAGGAGAGAAAAUAGCCUUGUGUAUCAACAUUCUCCUAUCUCAAACAAUGUUCUUCCUAUUGAUAUCAGAAAUCAUACCGUCUACUUCGUUAGCAUUACCAUUAUUAGGCAAAUACUUACUCUUCACGAUGAUCCUCGUAGGUCUUUCGGUAGUUAUAACAAUAAUAAUAUUAAAUGUUCAUUAUCGUAAACCAAGUACACACAAAAUGGCACCGUGGGUCAGAAAGAUAUUCCUUCAACAAUUACCAAGGUUAUUACUAAUGAGAGUACAGGAUGAUUUUAACCAUGAUCUUGCUGCUUACAAAAUACAUGGAGGAGGGAAAUCUAGGAAAAAAAGUAAAUUCAAUGCAGCCGUUGCAGCUGCUGUUCAAUCUUCCUCCAUCAUCUCUUCUCCGGAUUCUGCUCGUCAUCAACGUAUCGGUGGUUGCAACGGCUUACAUACAACAACUGCACACAACAGAUUUCUUGGUGGAGGUUUUGGUGGCUACAAUGGACUUCCAACUGUCAUGUCUGGAUUGGAUGAGUCUCUGAGCGACAUCACUCCUAAAAAAAAGUAUCCAUUCGAACUUGAGAAAGCUUUACACAAUGUGACGUUCAUUCAACAUCAUAUACAACGGCAGGACGAGUUCAAUUCUGAGGAUCAAGAUUGGAGUUAUGUCUCUAUGGUUCUCGAUCGAUUUUUUCUCUUUGUCUUCACGAUAGCUUCCAUAGGAGGAACACUUACUAUUCUCGCUGAAGCUCCUGCCCUGUACGACACUACUAAAGCUAUCGACAUGCAAUAUUCUUCUAUUACUCAUCGACAAUAUUUACCACCGAACCAACAUUCAACCGAACCUUCUGUUUAAAAAAUUAUAACGUCAUUCAUUUAUAUAUUAAACAUACAAUGCACAGUUUAUAAAAAUCCUCUUGUCUUCCAGUGUUUCCGUGGAUACGAAUGAGUUAAAAGAAAAUCUGAAAGACAAGAGUUACGGUGUCACUCUUUACAAAAAGAUAAAAGAAAAAACAAAAAAAAAAAAAGAGAGAACUGUAGACUAAUUCUAACUACGUAUUCUAAAUACGUUUUUCGCUAGAAUAUUUAAACGUACUUAUUCGUAUUUAGUCCACUUUCAGUUUCUUACUUGGAAAAUAUAAAAAAAAAAAGAAAAAAAAAAUGUAGCGAGUGGUUUAAAUGAAAUGAAACGUUUAAAAGAGAAUAAUGUCUCUCCAUACAAGUGUAUACACUCUUGUAUUUGUAAAUCACGAUCAAUUUCGAAAUAAACGUGGCCUAAAAAUCAAAAGAAUAAUUAACGUACGUAGAUACUCGAAGAGAUUCGUCAUCGUGCCUUAUUCACGUGACGUUUCUAACGAAAUCUAGAAAAAAAAAAUAAUAUUCCUUAAAAUUAAAGUAUGUUUAUCUAAUUCGAUUUAAUUAUUAGCUGGGGAAAAAACACGAUUUUUUUCCCGAUUAAAAAUACUAUUAAUUGAUUUUCAGGUGUGCCAAUAAUAUGUAAUAUAGAUAUGAUACGAAUGUAAGAUCUUUAAAACUAUUCUAAUGAUAAGAUGGGGGAGAGAUAUAAAUAAUUCGUUGAUCUUUAACUAUGCAUACAAAAGCAUGUUGAUGCUCCAAUUAAUCUUCCCGAUGAGCAAAUAAAAAUAAUAGUAAUAUAUUAUAAAUAUAUACAUAUAUAUGUAUAUACGUAAGUUUUCAAUAAAAACAUAAGCAACAUCUUUUUCAUUAAAAAUGAUUAAAAUAUAAUCGAAUUUGUUCGAUACACACUGUAUGCCUAUGUCAAUAUAAAUAAAUAAUAAUUACACUGA